GAACCCAUGUUGCUACGAUACUUUGUCACAAAUCUUUCUCGUUUUUUCGACUACUGUGACCCAGAGAGAUCAUUCUCAACCACUGUCGUUCAACGCGCUGCAGAAUGCCCGACCUUAUUACUUGCUAUUCUGGCUGCCUCUUCGCGGCAUCUUAGCCUCACCAGCGGAUACGAUUCUUAUAUUGCAGAUCAGUACCACCGUGAAUGCCUCUCCCUGCUAAUCCCUAUGCUUAAUGACCAAACUACCCUAUUGGACGAGGCUAUUUGCGCUGCCACAGUCAUUCUACGUUUGUAUGAAGAGCUUUCCGUGGCCGUAGUUGGAAAAGAUACUUGCAGUCACCUAUUAGGUACUCACAUCUUUGUUCUUGCUCAAGAGUAUCGUACAUCAGGCAUUCGCCAAGCCGCAUUUAGAGUGGCCCUUCGACAAGAAAUUAAUGUCGCAUUCUGUACAAGGAAGCCUAUGAAGCUACUGACAAAGUACAUAAAUGUUGAUCGCUCUACUGAUUUAAAGAGUGAUUGGGACUGGACAAUUCAUAUUAUUGUUCUCUGCGCAGAAGUUUUGAACUAUUGCUAUUGUAACAUUGCGCAGGAUCCUGCACAGGCCUGGGAUGAACUCUCUACAAGAGCUGAGGACUGGUUACGUAAGAAACCAAAGUCGUUUGAGCCUCUUCAAUGCAAAAACUCGAAUUAUGGCGACCGAGUAUUUCCAGAAAUUUGGCUCUUAAAUGACUGCCAUGUUGCUGGUCAUAUUUAUUAUUUGAUGUGUCAUAUACUCUUAACGGCAUAUAACCCUUCACAACCACGUCUCGGACCGGAACGGGCCAAAGCAAUGCGUCUGACUGAUGAUAUUAUAAAAGACGACGUGAGGAAAAUAUGUGGUAUCGCCUUGUCUAAUCCGCAUGCAGAACCAUCGCUGUUUAAAGCCUGUACUGUGAUCCUACUAUGUGGCGAUCUAUUUACUGAUAAAACAGAGCAACAAGCCCUCCUGGAUGUACUCAUCAAGACUGAAGCCGAUUUCGCAUGGCCUACAGCGAGUUCGCAAGAAUAUCUCAAGAAACGGUGGGAUUGGAGUUGA